AUGCCUCUCUACUCAGAGCUCUAUCACAACUUCGUCGGCAAUACGCCGAUCAUUCCGACACCGAUGGUGUCGGUGGGCUCCUCCACCUAUAGUCCACCGACCUACGUAGGUGUAUCACGCGCUUUCCCGAACCCACUGACGUCAUCAGGUCCUUCUCGAACUGCGCCCUCUUUCACCAGGGGCUAUGUGCCGAAGCUAACACCGAUCACUGAGACACCGCUCACAAGCACUCGAAUAGCGGCCCUGGGACGAGUCCGAUCGCCCAAAUUUUUGGGUGGUCAUCACUCGCACGCACACGGUCAUAGCUCGCCUACGUACCAGAAACCCCGACGCACCAUCAACACAGCCGACAUCGAUGUGUCGGCUUCGAAGUACUCUGGCAGUGGGUCUUCACGUUCACAACUCUCAGGACACCGAUCACCGAGCGGCUCACCGUCGCAUUAUGGCUCCAGCAUUGGCAGCCCACCAACGGCUUCGAUCGCCUCCAUCACCUCGACUGGCUCGACAACCUCAACGAUCAACCUUGGAACGGAGUCGACGCCUCUGUCAACGCGCGAUCAAGAGCUGAGCGAGCGCAGUGAACAACGGCGAGCCCGAUCGACUAUCAACCGCAACCGAACUGUCGUGAGGUUGAACACCAUCAGAGCUCGCAGCAAGUCACGUGGAAGUCGAGGCAGUACCGAGAGGCGAGAGCACGCUACUAGCCAGCCUGAGGCAGGUUCUGAGCCGACCUUUGAUGAGGAGAUGUUGCUACUGGAGCCACCACUCACGGCACGCUCGAGCACCUCCUGGAGAGAUAACUUCCGGGAUGAGCUGUCUUUGAGGCCACGAACUCGCCCCGAACCGAGUAAAUCACCCGGUGAACUGCUGCUCGAGAAACACCUGAUCCGGGAGGACGAACUGGUGGGACCGGAUGUGGGACGUGUGGUAGGACCCAACCGCUCGCCAGUACCAAAGCGCCGUGGUACGAUCCGACGCAAGAGUGCUGUCAAGAUCCCGAGUUUCCACGAGAUCUGUGCCGACAUCAGCUCGGACAAGCUGGAUGACGACCUGAACGCGGGUGAACUGCGUCGCCGUGCUUCCCAGCUGAUCGAAGACGAGCUGUUGCAGUUCCAGGAGGAGCUCAAGAAGGCGUCCUCAGGUGGAACAGGACCUGUGCCAGCUGAUACGCUUGAAGAGCGGUUAAAGGAGGCACUCGAACAGCAAAUCGCACAGGAUUCAGGCGUUGAGGUGGCUGAAAAACGCAAGCUCAAGAAGAUCAAGCGCACGCGCACGAAGGUGUUGCCAGCGGUGGAACCGGAAACGGAACAGAUUACGGUGGAAAAUGCCCCAUCGGCUCCAGGUCCGCGGAUUGUCGCCGAGCUCGAGUCGAUUGAAGAGUGCACGGUGUUUAAAUUACCCAAAAAGAAGAAACCACGACAGCCUGAAGAGGAGAAGAUGCCACCGGUAGUCUCGGAAUCGGAGCCGCCGAAAGUGCAUCUGUUGAUUGUGGAUCCUGAGCGGCCUGAACUGACUAAUGGAGUGGUAAAGACGUCGAAGCUGGCUUCGACGGAGACUGGUGUUGGAGCGCUCGAAGCCGGGGCUGGCCCAGGCGAUCUGCAGCGCCCCAAGGUGACUAAGCCGGGCAUUAAGACAUACGUGCGGAAGAAAACGGUUGAAACGCUACCGGAACCUGCACUCGGGGAAGCCAAAGGGUUGGAGCUCCAGCCGGCGAAGGUUGCCACGAGCGAGAAUGCUAUUUUGGGCCCUUCGGAGCAACCACCUGCUAGACGGGAGGAUAACGCUAAGGACGUCACUAAGACGGUACGGAGCGAGGUGGAGAAGGAACCGAUACGGACGGUUAAAGCUGACGUGAAACUUUCCGGCCCGUCAGCUAUCAAGCUGGCCGGUGAAAGUGAAAGCUUAAUGAAGGUGCCAGAGAAAGAACAGAUUGCGUCGUCGGUUGGUGCAAAUAAGCCAGUCUCACACGAGAUGCCGGGUGUUGGAACAGUUCAGCGAACUGCGUCUGAUAUUUCCCAAAAUGCACCAUAUGUCAAAGUACCAGAGACGCCGAAGGAUGUGAAGCAAUCGAAAUCAGAUAGUGGAAUCCCAAGUAGCAAAGCCACGAAACAGGAAGCUUCACCCAAUGGCAAAACACAAACGAAACCCAAGCAGCUUGAUGCGAACACGGCCUCAUCGGCUUCCAAGCCUGCUGAUAAAGCGCCAACUGACCCGAAGCAGCCUUCUGCGAUCUUGAGCGAUAAAAACGCGAAGGUGGAAGGCUCGAUUAACGACAAGGUGCAAGUGAAAACAAAGCUAGGAGGUCAAAUAGGUAUGGAAGUGACUCCGACGCCUUCAGAAGGGACGAAAGGAAACGUGAGCUUGAAGCUGCAAGCAGAUAGUCCAAAUGGUAAAAGUACGAAACAGGAUGCUUCAAUCAGUGACAAAAAACAAUCGGAACAGGUAGUGCCAACUAAAGAUCAAAUAGGAGCAGAAAACAACGCCACAACAUCAAUCAAUCGUAGCAAAGUUGGCUCUGAUGAGCUGAAGGCUCAAAAUACACCAAUCACGUCUUCGUUGCUCACGAUCGAGGAGAAGAAAAUCAAUGCUUUAGAUAAGCCCUUAGUAGCAGCCGAAAUUAAGGCACCUACAAAUGAGACAGCUAACGAGAAAUUGCCCGCGGCAAAAGAAACCCUUAGUAUGGAUUCUUUAACAGAAGCAAAGAAAAAACCAGCAUUGAGUCUCCCCUCGCAAACAGCUGAUUCGAGCGUAACCUUGAAGAAAAACCUGCUCGGCAACAUUGAGCCGAAAAUAAAACCCAAACCAGAAGAGCCGGUUUCAGUGAUGUCAAAGCUGGGAUUACGUAAGAAGCCCGCCAAUUUAAAGCGUGCAACGGAUGACGAGGACUUCUGGAGCACGAUCGGCACCCGGGAGACGGUUUCGUUCGCGCGCCGCAAGCAACAGCUGGUGUUGCUUCGUUCGACUACGGAAGAAGAGUCACCACCGGCAUCACCGAGCCAGUCAUUCCAGGGUUUUGCUGAGGAGUCACAGAAGCUCUUGGCAAGUGAUCUGAACCAACGCAAGCCGCAGGCGUUGCCACAAUUGCCGGUUGAGCCGGUUGAGCCGGUUGUUAAACCGAAACUUGAAGAGACCCCCAAGAGUCCUGCCAGCCCAAAAAGCCCCAAAAGUCCUAAAAGUCCCGUAAGCCCCACGAGUCCAAAAAGUCCCAUCAGUCCAUCGGUGGAGCCGGUCAAGCCAGCUGUGUCAAUGGAGAAACAAACUGCGUUAGCGAAGCCAGAACUGGAGGCUUUGAAAGCAAAAGCCACACCUCAACCGGUGGAGACGAAGCCAGCUGUUCUUCCAGAAGCACCCUCACCGAAAAUUGCUUUAUUGCCCGAGAAGAGCCCAAUUGAGCUGACUCCGCCGCAAGUGAAGUCCACAGGGACUGAACUGGCAGUUAAAAAAGCGAAGCCACUUUUAAAGGAUUCACCCCAGGAAGCGGUGUCAUUGAAAGCGAAACCAAGCACUCCUCCUGAGCCUGAUAAAGCCGUUCCGAAGGCAAAAACCACGACACUUCCAGAGGCAACAUCGGUGAAAGCGAGUCCCUUCACGCCUCCCGAUUCAACGACCUUAAAAACUAAACCCAGCUCAGAACCUCCACCGCAAGUAAAGUCCACGGGCACUGAACAGGCAGUUCCAAAACCGAAGCCACUUCUGAAGGAUUCACCCCAGGAAGCGGUGCCAUUGAAAGCGAAACCAAGCACUCCUUCUGAGCCUGAGAAAGUCCUUCCGAAGGCAAAAACCACGACUCUUCCGGAGGCAACAUCGGUGAAAGUGAAUCCCUUCACGCCUGCCGAUUCAACGACCUUAAAAACUAAACCCAGCUCAGAGCCUGUCCCUUUGAAACCGAAGUCUACCGUUCUUCCUGAACCGGUGUCAGCGAAAGGUAAAGGACCAACACCACCCGAGACUGUAACAACGAAAGGACUCAUAACCAAGCCGCUGGCAGUGCCAGCUGGAACUCCAAAUCCUCUGCUCGACACGAGGAAGUACUCACCUAAGGAGCUUAUCAAAGCCAUUGCACCGAACAUCGCCGCGGCCGCCGAGAAAAAGCUAGCCCUAGAAAAGAGCAAACCUACGGUUUCAACACCUAUUGCGACACCUGCACCUACACCAGCUCCAACAACGGUGGUUUCGAAGAGCGACAGCUCAACCCUAGCCAACGCAACUUCUGCCACCGUGGUGGUCAACACACCUACUGCACCAAAUGCUGCAACCGGCAAUAAGACGGCCGAUGAACCGGCGAAAAAAGUCGUCGUCAAGAAGGUAGUGAAGGUGGUCAAAGCGAAAACCCCCGCCAAGGUAUUGCCCGAACCGGAAGCGGAGGCUCAAGCAGCUCGCGAGCAGGAACAACGCCUGCAAGCUCAGCAGCAGCAGCAGCAGAAUCUCGAGCGCAUGAAGACGAAGCUAAACCAAAUCACACUCAACAUGGGCGUAAAGGGACUCGAGGUGGAGGUGAAGGAAUGCCAAAAAUGUCAGUCGGCGAUCGUGUCCGAGGCGUUUCCGGUGGCGGCAGCCAUCGCGACGACGACGCCUCCACAGUCGAAGGCACCGAAGCUACCGAUCGCCAACGGGGCGAAGCUGACGAAGAAUAAAUUCGGCACGCUAGACAAUCUGAGCGACUUAUCAACCGUGAACGUUCGCGAUCGCAACAACGUCGCAGCAGCACCCGUUGCAGCAGUACCUGUGGUGGCAAACAGUGGCAAGCAGAAGCUCGGCGCGCAGAGUGGUAGUGCAGUGCAGAAGAAGGUGUUCCUUUCGAGCAGUGACGAGGAGGAGGACACGCGUGUAGCGACCGGAGCAACUGCAGGAACAGGCGAAGGACCUCGCACCGAUAACGACAGCGCGUCUGAGACCUCGUUCUCGGGUGUGGAAGACGACUGGUCAUCGGAGGAGGAGGAAGAGGACGACGACGACAUGGCGAACGACAAGCCGGAGAAGAAAAAGCCCUUCGAUCCGACCAAGCGGGUCAAGCUGAACUUCGAUCAGAUGCGCAAGUGUUAUUCGAAGGAAGAAAAAUCUCCCAUAGUGCUGGUGGCGCGACCUCGUCCACUUUGGAAGGUGAAGCGACAUGGACAUCGGCACAACCGCAAAGCGGACUUAACAAGCAGCAGUGGUAGCAGCAGUGGUAGCGAGGAUGACGAAAGCACCAGCACCUCAACCACGACCAGCAGUGGUGCGACCACAAGCAUCACCACCGAUCAAACGUCCUCGGAAGCGGCCUCCGCUCUGGAUGGGGCCACUUCGGACAUCAACACGGACAGUAGCGUUAACUCGAGCACAGGUGGCAAGACGAAGGGCAAAGCACAGAAGGGCCAACCCAAAGGCAAGGGCCAGAAAGGGGACAAAUCGGACCCAUUCGGGGACAUCUACGACACGCCAAUGGUGAUACCACUGCACGCAGAACCUCGUACAAGCAGCCGCAAGAGUGGUGGGUCGUUUGCACCAUCACCUCGCGAUGAGAACAACAACACACCUGCCGAUCUGGAUGAGGACGAACGGGCCAGGUCGAUCGGUGCUGGGCAUGAUGUGAGGAGUGCCAGCACUAGCAGCCACGAUUCCGGCUUCUACGGUGGUGGAACGGCUCCAAUCAGCCCCAAGAAGGCGCUCGAAACCUCGUACACGUACGCUCAGUUCCAGAAGACAGGCAAGCUGACCGCUCCGGCCACGGUGAUACCACGUUUCCGCAAGUACAACGUCGAUGAUUUCCACUUCCUGACGGUGUUGGGCAAGGGUAGUUUCGGAAAGGUGUUUCUGGCCGAGCUGAAGAACUCCGACUACUACUACGCAAUCAAGUGCCUGAAAAAGGACGUGGUGCUGGAGGACGACGAUGUCGAUUGUACGCUGAUCGAACGGAAGGUGUUGGCCCUCGGCACCAAGCAUCCGUUCCUCUGUCACCUUUUCUGCACCUUUCAGACAGACAGUCACCUGUUCUUCGUGAUGGAGUACCUGAACGGGGGUGAUCUAAUGUUCCACAUCCAGCAGAGUGGCCGUUUCCCAGAGGCCCGUGCUCGCUUCUACGCCGCCGAAAUCGUGUCCGGUCUAAAGUUUCUGCACCGCAAGGGCAUCGUCUAUCGAGAUCUGAAGCUGGACAACGUGCUGCUCGAUUACGACGGACACGUUCGGAUAGCGGACUUUGGCAUGUGCAAGCUGGAGAUCUACCUGGACAAGCUAGCGGACAGCUUCUGCGGCACACCAGACUACAUGGCGCCUGAAAUCAUCAAAGGUCAAAAGUACAACCAAGCCGUCGACUGGUGGUCGUUCGGUGUGCUAGUGUACGAGAUGCUGGUCGGACAGUCGCCCUUCAGCGGAUGCGACGAGGACGAGCUGUUCUGGUCCAUAUGCAACGAGAUCCCGUGGUUCCCGCACUACCUCUCCAAGGAGGCGCUGCGGUUGCUCCAGUCGCUGCUGGAGAAGGACGCCUCGAUACGACUCGGCGUGCUCAACACGAUGGACGAGGAGAGCGACAUCAAGUAUCACCCAUUCUUCAAUAGUAUUAUCUGGGACAAGCUGGAGAGACGAGCCGUUGACCCGCCGUUUAAGCCCCAAGUCCGCCAUCCACUCGAUACGCAGUAUUUCGACAAGCAGUUCACUCGUGAGCGAGCGCGACUCACGCCCAUCGACCGGAACAUCCUUGCCUCGAUGGAUCAAGCCCAGUUCGAGGGCUUCACCUAUACCAACCCGAACAACACGCUGACGAAAAUGCGCGAGAAGGCGAAGAAAAAGCAGAAGAAAAUGUACUUCUGCCCCCAGUGCGGCGAUAUCAAAGUGACGUACAACAUCUUCUAAGCCCGUCGGGCCGUAAGCGAGAAACUUAGACAACGAGGCACAGCGGGAAGAGACAGAGAGAGAGAGAGAGAGACAGGGAAAAGAAGAGAGAGAGAGCGAGAGAGGGAGAAGGAGAGCGAGGUCAAACCAAUAUUAAUCAGCCGGAAGCUGAGGGGGUGAUCGCAGCGAUCGUGCGUGAGCACAAAAUGGCUCACGGUUUGACCAAUCGGAAGUGACAGCUCGAGCCCACUGACAGCAUACGCCAACUGACAGUUUCGGGCCCGUGGCCAUUGGCCCAAGCUGUCUAAAACGCU